UGCUUACCUUUUUGAUGUCAAAUAGAUAUUUCUUAGCUUAACGCAAAAUUGGUUUGUGCUAUUUGAAGUUGAAGGGAACACCCAAUGAUCUAUGCAUUAAAUAAUUAAUUUCUACGGCAGUCAGAGCACGUAGCCCCCGCCACCAAAAUUCAUUGCCCUUUCCUAAUAUAUGCUCCAUUUUCAACUAAAUUUUUGAACUAAGUAUAGCUUUUGAGCUUCAAAAAAUUAAAGUAAUUUAAAUGCAGUGGUAUCUGCAUUCAGCCUAUUCAACCAGGGAAGGUGAAACAAGACGUUGGGGUUAUGAAUUUCAAGAUGUCAACUCUCAAAUUGCACCCUUGACCAUUUAUAUUGGAAAUUUGCCCUUAUCGGUUACUGAGCAUCAGAUAGCAGAGAAUUUCCGUAUUGAACAAGACUGCAUCACUUUGAAGCGCAAGCCAGGCAAGAAGACAGCCUCUGCCAUCAUUCAACCCACCAGCUGGCAUAAAAGUGAUGUAAUUUUGAGUAGCUACGAUGCAGCGUUCUUUGGAAAACAGAAAGCAUUCGUUAGGCAAGAUUAUGACUGGGGGGACCCAUAUCGCCCCAUCUCAAAGUACUACGAGCCUCAUAGGCUGUCAAGUGAAGAGUUUGACUUGAGACCUGCAUGCAGUGGGCAGCCUACACUUCACGUACUACAUGAUGACAUCUUGCUUCAUAUAAUGAAAUAUUUGAAUGUUGCUGAACAACUGACUCUUGAAGCAGUGUGUCGACGCUUCCAGUCCCUGGUUUACCGCGAGCUGGGCCAGAACAGCGCCAUAGACUUCACUCAUGACAAGUGCAGCUGGCGACGUGCUUUGGUUAACCGUCCUAAAAGCUGGAGCAAGACGCCGGCCCAGCUCACGCAGAACCUCAAGCUGUGCACCUACAAGAUGCUCAUCAUGAACGCUAAUCGCCUCACUACUCUCAGACUCGACGAGUAUCGGUGCAUCUUCGAUAUCAACGUAUUCGCUGCUAUAGGUCGACUUGCUGUGAAUUUGGAGGAUUUAAGCCUUCAAUUCUCGCAUAAGAGAAAGCACUACACCCCCAUGAAGACCAUCUUCACGCGCUGCACCAAACUCAGGACUUUGUGCCUCGAAGGCAGAUUCAACUCUGACGAAUUGAUGCGAGACUUGAGACAGUGCAAAGGCUUGGAGGUUUUGAGGCUGGGCAGAUUGAGGCAUCUCAAUUGGGCUCUUGUGCGGAAGUUGCAAGCUCCUCUGAAAGAGCUCUCAAUCCAUAACGUUGAAGACUUUGCAAAUUUUUGUAAAGCUGGCUUUCAAUUUUGCAACGAUAGCAGCUUCCCAGACCUUCCCUUCAACUCGAGUCUCACGACAUUCCGCAUGUUCAACAACAUCUUACGUCCACGUCUAGAAGUGAGGAAGGAGGGAAUUCUCUCGUCCUUGGCGCAAAAGUGUCCUGCGCUGGUGCAACUCCAACUCGAUUACUCCUUUUAUUCUAAGCCUCCCGAUUUUAAGACAUUCAAUAACUUGAAGGUGCUGCACUUCAUUGCUUCUGACUCAGUUGAAAUUGAUGUUCUUCUCAAAAGCGCGCUACCUGACAUCGAGGAUCUCUACAUCGAGUUUUCAACAGAAAAAAUUGAUGAUAUGCUUAUAGAUCAUGAAGUCAUCACAGUAGACUUUUCGCUGGCGCCGGCGUCAGUGAAGUCCCUGACGCUGCCUUCUGUUGAUCUGGAUGAUGAUUCGUACAAGAGCCUCCUGCGCCUGCCCCAGCUGCAGCGAGUCUUUGUCAAAAGUCAGAAUUUCUCGCUGGCUCAGCUGAAACUGCUCGUGGCCCACGUUCAGCUGGUCGAGAUCGGCGCCGCGAUGUUGACCGUGGAUCUCGCCACGGCUCAGGAGCUCACUGCGCUGCGCAGGAAGGCGCUGGCAGAGGGCAGGUUCAAGUCACCCUCAGCAUGUCACGACCACGACGAGCCCCUCGUACUCCAUGUCGUCUACAAACACCACGUGACCUUCGCAGAUCCUCUAGUCAAAAUUAAAGACCACAAGCUAGACUCGUACAUCUACGAGCGCGUCGGGUCGUGUCGCUUUGACAAUGAGUGGCUGGACUUCGGCCACGACUUCCUCCAGAAGACGGGUUGCCGAUGGCGCUUGUACUCUGAUGAUGAUGAUGAUGAUGACGACGAUUACGACUCGUAUGACGACUACGACGAUGAUAUUGACGACGACGCCUUCUCUAGCUUCGAUCCUGACGAUUAUUGGUAUCAUCCGGACCAGAACUGGCUAUUUGAUGACGAUGAUGAUUUGAUUUACCAUCACAUGUACGUGUACUGAGCCCAUCCUGGCAUGUGCUGCAGUGCUGUGAUACAACGAAUGCUGCUGAUCAGGUCUGCUCUGCGCUGUAGAAGUAAUCUAGCCCUUUUCUUUUCGUUGUUUUGUUCGUGCCAAAAUAGUGUCAUUUUGUACCAAUGAAAUGGGUGUCAUGUUUUCUAGUUAAGUUACAAAGGAUCUUUGAAUUAUGGAGGCUAAGGCCACUUAUUCAAAUAAGGAGGAAUGCCGUUAGAAUGAUUUAAUACAUAAACAUGUACUAUCUGAACGAUUCAUGUCAUUCUAGGUUCGUUGAAUUUUUAAAUUUCAUUUCAGCGGAUUGUCUUUUGUUCUAAUUUGACUGGGCAUUAAGGCUGGUUUUGUAAGAUAUUACUUUUCUGUCGCUCAACCUUGUGUCCUUUACCACAUCACAAUCUUGGAGCGUCACUGAGAUCUGCUUUGUUCUCCGUUGCUCGAGUAAUUCUCAGUCAUCGCAAUCUGUAUGUCUACCAAAUUUACUUGAUCGGUAUUUAAUUUUGCCUCUGAAAAUCUCAUUUAUUUCCUUUGGUAGCUCUAUAGUGUUGCAAGGUUUACUUUGAGAUCUGAAAUUUGGAGCAACGUUUAAAUGGUACGAUUUGGUCCUUAUUUUUCAUAUCCUACAUUAUUGUCGGCUGUUCUGUCUUCCCAGGCUUAAAUUACGUGAACAAAAUUGUUGGCAAAAAUGAUCUUUCUACUACCAAACAUUAGUUGUAAGUUUCUGCGGCUAGUUUACGGAUUUGACGUUGAUUUUCGUAAUGAUGUCUGUUUCGUCACAUAGCCCGAUACAAGUUUCUCUUAGGUUGUUGGAAUAACUGAAACUUGUCACUUUAGCUGCAAUUCAAUUUAAACAGGAGACGAUUUAACUUUUUAUCAAAAUGGCCAGUAAACUUGCCUACUGUUUGGAAAUUGUACUCGCUGAACUGCUACUGAAGUUUACUCCUGUUUAUUAAUAUGGUCCAGUAUUGCUCCUACUCUAUUAAAGUAUUUCAAUCAACAAAUCACAAUGUGUGUAGUAAAGGGCUAAAAUCGCAUUUUUCCUGUGUGAAGCAGGAAUUCGGCUAUUAAUUUGCACUUACGCUCUAAUACAUUCAACAUAGUUCUUGCUUGCGUACAUACCGUCUAAAAUCGCAUUUUUCCUGUGUGAAGCAGGAAUUCGGCUAUUAAUUUGCACUUACGCUCUAAUACAUUCAACAUAGUUCUUGCUUGCGUACAUACCGUCUAAAAUCGCAUUUUUCCUGUGUGAAGCAGGAAUUCGGAUAUUAUUUUGCACUUACGUUCUAAUACAUUCAACAUAGUUCCUGCUUGCGUACAUAGCGUCGCUACUUCCAUUUUCAGCAGAAAGGAAACGUAAAAUAUUUCAUUUUCUUUUAAAUUUUGUUAACCCUAUCCAGCGCUGACGUGUGUUACGAGUUCUGUUGUAGAACUCAAGAUGUCAAUGGCUUUUCUGGUUACGAAUUCGUGUUACCAUGCUUACGUAGUUGAAAGAAUAUUUUUUUACUCAAUAAAUGAGAAUAUUUCAA